AGUCAGGGUUAGCGGCCGCGGCGAGCUCGGGGAUUGGGGCGCGACGGGCCGGGCCGAGCCCUCGGCUCUCGCGACGACAGUGGCGGCGGUAUAAAGCCGGCGGCGGGGAGCAUGUAAUGUCGGAAUGCGGAGGCCGCGGCGGCGGCAGCAGCAGCAGCAGCGACGAAACCGAGGACGAGGGUGGCGGCGGCGGCGGCGGCCCUGCGGGCUCCGGCUCCGGCUCCGUCAGCCCGGCCUCGGCUGGAGCCUCGUCGGAGGGCCGGCUCCGUCGCGGGCUGCGCGGCGCUUCUCUGAUGGCGCGCCGGCGGCCCGAGCUGCUGUGCGGGGCCGUGGCGCUCGGCUGCGCGCUGCUCUUCGCCCUCAAGUUUACCUGCAGUCGAGCAAAAGAUGUGAUCUUACCAGCAAAGCCGCCUGUCAGCUUUUUCUCCUCGAGGUCACCGGUCCUUGACCUCUUCCAGGGGCAGCUGGACCAUGCAGAGCACAUUCGGCGUGACUCGGAGGUGGUGCUUCUGUUCUUCUAUGCCCCGUGGUGUGGCCAGUCCAUCUCUGCCAGGGCAGAAAUUGAGCAAGCAGCGAGUCGACUUUCAGACCAGGUGUUGUUUGUGGCAAUUAACUGUUGGUGGAACCAGGGGAAAUGCAGAAAACAGAAACAUUUCUUUUAUUUUCCUGUAAUAUAUCUGUAUCAUCGGAGUUUUGGACCAAUCGAAUACAAAGGCCCCAUGAGUGCUGUUUACAUUGAGAAGUUUGUCCGCCGGGUGAUGAAACCACUUCUCUACAUCCCAUCUCAAUCAGAAUUACUAGAUUUUCUCUCAAACUACGAGCCUGGUGUACUUGGCUACUUUGAGUUCAAUGGCUCGCCCCAACCCCCUGGGUACUUGACCUUCUUCACAUCAGCAUUACAUUCAUUAAAGAAAGAUUACCUAGGAACAGUACGAUUUGGGGUUAUCACAAAUAAGCAUCUUGCGAAACUGGUGUCCUUAGUGCACUCUGGAAGUGUGUAUUUACAUAGACAUUUCAACACGUCACUUGUCUUUCCCAGGGAGAUCAUGAACUACACCGCCGAGAACAUCUGUACAUGGGCCUUAGAAAACCGUGAGAUGCUUUUUCGGUGGCUGCGGCCGCACGGCGGCAAGAGUCUUCUGCUGAAUAAUGAACUGAAGAAAGGACCGGCACUGUUUUUAUUCAUACCUUUCGAUCCCCUCGCAGAAAGCCACCCUUUAAUAGAUGAGAUCACCGAAGUGGCCUUGGAGUACAACAACUGUCACGGAGACCAGGUGGUGGAGCGCCUCCUCCAGCAUCUGCGGCGGGUGGACGCGCCGGCAUUCCAGUCAUUGGCACCCGAGCUGCCAGCCCAGCUGCCAGACCCCCCGCGAAUCCACGUCACCACGUCACCCUGCUGCAACACUGUGGUGCUGCCCCAGUGGCGUGCCAUCUCCAGGACCCACAACGUGUGUGAGCUGUGUGUCAACCAGACCACAGGGGGCAUCACACCCAGCUCGGUGGGCGGGCCGCCCUGCAGCUUUUUUGAGAUGGCGGCAGCUCUGGAUUCCUUCUACCUCAAGGAGCAGACCUUUUAUCAUGUGGCAUCAGACAGCAUCGAGUGCAGCAAUUUUUUAAGUUCCUACAACCCUUUCAGCUACUACUCUGCAUGUUGCAGGACCAUCAGCAGGGGCGUGCCAGGCUUCAUUGAUUCUGCACAAGAGGCCUUUGAAAGCCCAGCCAUCUCAUUCUCCUCCCUCGAGAAGAAAUGCGAGGCUGACUCCCCGAGCUCCGUUCCUCACAUUGAGGAGACCCGGUUCCUCUUCCCCGAAGUGCUGGACGUGGGUAGCACACUCUUCACGGGUCUCAGCUGCAGAACCAACAAGACCCUAAAUAUCUACCUUCUGGAUUCCAAUUUAUUUUGGUUAUAUGCAGAGCGGCUGGGGGCGCCAAGCGUCACUCGCGCCAAAGAAUUUGCUGCCAUUGUGGACGUGAAGGAAGAGGCUCACUAUAUCUUGGACCCCAAACAAGCUCUUAUGAAGUGCACCCUAGAGUCUUUUAUUCAGAACUUCAGCGUUCUCUACAGUCCCUUGAAAAGGCAUCUGAUUGGCAGUGACUCGGCCCAGUUCCCUUCUCAGCAUUUAAUCACUGAAGUGACAACCGAUACCUUUUGGGAAGUAGUCCUCCAAAAACAGGACGUGUUGCUGCUUUACUAUGCACAGUGGUGUGGCUUCUGUCUGUCCCUCAAUCACAUCUUUAUCCAGCUAGCUCGUCUCCUGCCAGCAGAUACCUUCACAGUGGCAAGGAUCAACGUAGCGCAGAACGAUCUCCCUUGGGAAUUUAUGGUUGACCGUCUUCCUACCGUCCUAUUUUUUCCCUGCAACAGAAAGGACCUAAGUGUCAAAUACCCUGAGGAUGUCCCCAUCACUCUCCCGAAUCUGCUCAAGUUCAUCCUGCAUUACUCCAGCCCCAUGUCCACUGCCCAGAGCCUGGCCAGCGCCCCUACCAAAGACUGUCUGCAGAGCGAGGCUGCCCUGCAGCAGGGGCACAUCUCCCAUCUGGAGCGGGAGAUCCAGAAGCUGAGAGCGGAGCUGGGUGCCCUUCACCGCGUGCAGGUGCAGGUGGAAGUUCAGUUGGCCGGCGCCCGCAGGGACGAGCACCGGCUGCUCCGGCAGAAGCAGACCCUGGAGGACCAGCACCAGCUGCUCCGGCAGCACAGCUCACAGCUGCAGACUCUGUACCAACAGAAGACCCGAGAGCUCGAGGAAGUGGCCCGCAAGCUGCAGGAGCUGGCUGACGCCUCUGAGGACCUCCUCACCGAGAACACAUGGCUCAAGAUCCUGGUGGCCACCAUGGAGAGGAGGCUGCAGGACAGGGGCAGUGCCAACAAGCUCGCUCCCCCACAGAACCCCGAGGAGCCUGCAGGUGCCCCCCGGUUAACGGGCAGCACCCCACCACCCUCCAAUGACAGUGCCACUCUGGUGGCCGAGAGGAGUAAUGACAACAGGACAGACUGA